CUCCCCUUAUCAGCUGCAGGGAACCGAGAGGUUAUCCUUAUCUUAAAGUCCCUACCAAAAAUUUAACAUUUGAAAAGCCCCAAAAAGUUAACAUACCUACCUCUGUAUCGACAAAGCAUUACUUGAUGCAAUUGUCCAUAUUCAAUUCAAGGGGAGAUACAUCGUAGAAUCAGAAUGCAUCUCAUACCAAAAGAAGUAAGUAUAGAGUCUUAUCUUAUCGCAGCGUAAAAGCAACCAAGGAUUAACAUUUUUGAUCGACGAAAUAGAUAGAUAAGCUUGCUAUCUCGCAGCUGGGCCUGCUAGCACAAAGAAGACUUGCUCGAGGAGUGAAGCUCAAUCAUUCCGAAGCAGUUGUGAGUUCCCUCAGUCUUUCCAAUUCUUACCGUGAUGUAACUAAUUUAUUCAAGGCACUUAUAGCAAAUAAUCUUCAAGAGGUCUGAAGACCUUUUCCCUAAUAGAAGGAAGAACAGUACGAACUGACGACUUCAAAGCUCAUUCGUGAUGGAAAUCAUACAGUUUCAGAUCUCAUGUCAAUCGGCGCAACAAUGCUCGGGCGUCGUCAUGUCCAACCAGCGGUCUGCUCGACGCUCACAGAACUUAUGGUUGAAGGAACUUUUCCAACAGGAACAUAUUUGGUGACGGUACAUCAUCCAAUUAGCACCGAUGAUGGAGAUUUGGCGAAAGCACUUUACGGAAGUUUUCUGCCAAUUCCGGAUAUGGAUCUUUUCCCAUUGCCAUUAGAUGCGGAGUACGAGUCGACCAAACGCCCUGGUGCCUUGAUUACCGUAAAAGGUAAGGUGAGACUGAAUGAGGGAAGAAAGAGAGUAAAGUUGAGGGUGACGAGUAAGGGUGAUAGACCAAUUCAAGUGAGUCGAGCCAUUGUGGUUUUAUGAUAGCUUACUCAUGUCCACAGAUUGGAUCGCAUUAUCAUUUCAUCGAAACCAACCCUCAACUAGAAUUCGAUCGCAUCAAAGCGUAUGGUUAUCGUCUCGAUAUUCCGGCUGGCACAUCUGUUCGAUUCGAACCUGGAGAUACUAAAACUGUAUCAUUGGUUGAAAUUGGUGGGAACAAAAUAAUUCGAGGUGGAAAUCAUAUUGCUACUGGUAAAGUAGACAUUUCCCGCGUCGAUGAGAUUUUGGUCAAUCUUGAAAAGGCAGGAUUCGCACAUGCUCCCGAUCCAACUAAAGAUGCUGCAUAUAUCGAUAUGUUCGAAAUGGAUAGAACAGCAUAUGCAACAAUGUUCGGUCCCACGGUUGGUGACACUAUUCGUUUGGGUAAUACGGACCUUUGGAUCAAGGUUGAAAAGGAUUUGACUUCAUAUGGAGAUGAAUGUAAGUUUGGUGGCGGUAAGACUUUACGAGAAGGUAUGGGCCAAGCUACAGGUGUACCUGACGACAUAUCAUUGGAUCUUGUUGUUGUUAAUGCCUUGAUUGUUGAUUGGACUGGUAUCUACAAAGCCGAUAUUGGCGUUAAAAACGGUCUGAUAGUAGGUAUUGGUAAAGCCGGUAAUCCUGAUGUCAUGGAUGGCGUCACUCCGAAUAUGAUUGUCGGAUCAUGUACGGAUGUUGUUGCAGGUGAAGGCAAAGUUAUUACUGCCGGUGGCUUCGAUACCCAUAUCCACUUUAUUUGUCCUCAACAAGUUAAUGAAGCUAUCUCAUCCGGAAUCACUACAAUGCUAGGCGGUGGAACUGGUCCUAGGUAAGUGGAGUAAAGAUGUUCGUGAUAUACUAUCUAAUAUUUGAAUAGCGCUGGAACCAGUGCUACAACUUGCACACCAGGAAAGAAUUAUAUGCGACAAAUGCUUCAAGCUUGUGAUACUUUACCAGUGAAUGUUGGAAUUACUGGCAAAGGAAAUGACAGUGAUCCAGCUGCACUGCGUGAACAAGUUAUUGCUGGAGCUUGUGGCCUUAAAUUACAUGAAGAUUGGGGCACUACACCUUCAGCUAUAGAUUCUUGUCUUACGGUUUGCGAUGAACUCGAUAUCCAAUGUCUGAUUCAUACUGAUACUCUAAACGAGUCAGGCUUUGUUGAAUCUACCAUCGCUGCGUUUAAAAAUCGUGCUAUUCACACUUAUCAUACUGAAGGUGCUGGUGGUGGCCAUGCACCCGAUAUUAUCAGUGUUGUUGAGCAUGCGAAUGUCCUCCCUUCAUCUACUAAUCCUACAAGACCUUAUACCAGAAAUACACUCGAUGAGCAUUUAGACAUGCUUAUGGUUUGUCAUCAUCUUUCCAAAAACAUUCCUGAGGAUGUAGCUUUUGCAGAGUCUCGAAUUCGUGCCGAAACCAUCGCUGCCGAAGAUAUACUUCAUGAUUUGGGAGCAAUCAGUAUGAUGUCUUCUGAUUCUCAAGCAAUGGGUCGUUGCGGAGAAGUUAUCAUGCGAACAUGGAACACAGCCCACAAAAAUAAAGUUCAACGUGGCUCACUCGGAGAAGAUAUGGGCACUGGUGCAGACAAUUUUAGAGUUAAAAGAUAUAUCAGCAAAUACACCAUUAAUCCAGCGAUUGCUCAAGGAAUGGGUCAUAUUAUUGGUAGUGUGGAGGUUGGAAAGAUUGCAGACCUUGUCGUCUGGGAUCCAGCUUGGUUUGGAACUAAACCCAUGACCAUUAUCAAAAGUGGUUUAAUUGCUUACGCUCAAAUGGUGAAUUAACCUAAUCCCUUUUAUCGUCGAAUUUUCGCUAACAAAACUAACAGGGUGAUCCCAACGCUUCCAUUCCAACCGUUCAACCCAUCAUCUCUCGCCCAAUGUUUGCACCCCUUGUUCCCUCGACCUCGAUUCUUUUCGUAUCUGAAUCAUCAAUUUCCUCGGGUACAAUUGCAACUUAUGGUUUAAAAAGCCGUGUGGAGGCCGUGAAAAAUUGUAGGACGAUUGGGAAGAAAGACAUGAAAUUUAAUGAUCAGAUGCCAAAAAUGAAAGUAGAUCCGGAAAAUUAUAGAGUCGAAGCUGAUGGGGUGCAUAUUAUUUGUGAAGCUGCUGAAUGGUUGCCAUUGGGACAGAACGCAUAUGUUUAUUAAAUAGUGCGAUGGAUGAUUUGUAAAGUCAGAGGUAAAGACUAUGGAUGUGAAUGAAUAUUAUUCAUGAGCCUGGGUUGCUUGAAGGAUGCUUGAAGGAUGUUAGAUCAUGGGAGUUUUAUAGAGGUUAAUAUUCAGAUGAUAUUGUUACAAUGAUUAGUGGAAGAAAUAAUAGUAAAAUAUAUACAUUUAUCCCGUCGAAAUGACCCCACGGAAAGAAUCUGUUUUACAGAAUAG